UAUCCGUGUUUAGAGCGCUGAGCUGUCCCUUAGCAGGAGGAGCGCGGGACUCGAGACGAGACAAGCAUAACAAGUCGCCCGCCCGCUCGCCACUGCACUUUUACGACAUCCGACGUGUUUUAGCGGGCGCCAUCUCGCUCCCCGCGCUACCGCCGUUUCCUUACAACAUGUCUACACGCGGGACACGAAACGUGCCCGGAACGCCACGAGUUAUCUCCCCGAGCCCGACGCGAUCCGACGUCGACAGCAGCGGGCACGAUGCAUCUUCCUACAGUGGUCCGGUGACGCGGUCAGCAGCGCGGAGGCGGCAAGCGUCGACCCGUGAGACUGCGCCCUCCGACAUGGACGAAGACGACAGCCCGGACCUCUCCAGGGCCCGCAGCCGGAGCCGCAGCCCGGUCGACAGCAGAAGGCUUCGCAGGCUCGCGACGAGAAAAUCCGCAACCGUCCCUAACGGGACCAAGGCGACGGCGGCGGCAACCACGGCGGCAAGCAACGGUCACCCGCCCCAACCGGCCGACGCGAACGGCCACCUCUCCCCGGCGUCGGCUACGGCAACGGCAACAAGCUCACCUUCCUACUACGGCUGGAGCUGGCGCGACUUCAGCCGCAGCCCGAGCCCGCUCGGGCUCAUCCCGAUCCACCGGCGCUGGCGGGCCUUUGUGCACAAGCACGAGGUGCCGCGCAAGGCGCUGCACGUGUCGAUCGGCUUCUUCGUCGUGUGGCUGUACCUCUCGGGCACGCAGACGCUGGACGUGUGUCCCUACCUGAUGGGCGCGCUGGUGCCCAUCGCGGCCGUCGACGUGCUGCGCCACCACCACGCGCCCUUCAACCGGCUCUACGUGCGCGUGCUGGGCGCGCUCAUGCGCGAGAGCGAGUACGCCGGCUACAACGGCGUCAUCUUCUACCUGCUCGGCGCCUGGGCCGUGCUCUACUGGUUCCCCAAGGACGUCGGCGUCAUGGGCACCCUGCUGCUGAGCUGGUGCGACACGGCCGCCAGCACCUUCGGCCGGCUCUACGGCCGGUACACGCCGCGCAUCCGCAGGGGCAAGUCGCUCGCCGGCUCGCUCGCCGCCUUCGUCGUCGGCGUGUGCACCUCGGCCUUCUUCUGGGGCUGGCUGGCCCCGACCAAGGGCCCGCUCCCCGGCGACGAGAACUUUAUGUUCACGGGCGCCCUGAGCCUGCCGCGGGCGCUGGCGGAUGCCGUUGGUCUGGAGCCGGCGAAGGCCACCAUCACGGGCGGGCUCGCGCUGGGUGUCAUGAGCGUGUGGUCAGGGCUGGUGGCGGCGACCAGCGAGGCGUUGGAUGUGUUUGGAUGGGACGACAACCUGACGAUACCCGUUCUGAGCGGCCUGGGCAUCUGGGGGUUCCUGAAGAUCUUUGGUUGAAAGCGUCAUGUUGCAAACAAGCGGCCAACCGAUCUGGGCUGCUGCUCUAAUUAAGGGCUGGGGCAUGGCUCGGCAAAUUGUACGGAUUAUAUGUCUAUCGUGCGCACGGGCGGCGUUUGGAUAAUACUGGAAGUUGCCAAGCUGGGGCUCGUGUGCGUGCACGUGGUGAUGCAAGUGUCAUCCGUAUACAAAGAUCUCAAGCACUCUCAUCUCGAAUCUCCUUUCUCAAAAAAAAAAAAAAAAUCAAUUGCGUCCCAUUCUUGCUGCUCACUUUCGCGAUAUCCUCCUCAGCAGACCAAAACGUGCACUGUCUCAUCAACAUUCAGUACAUAACGGAUUACAAGUACCGCCCACACCGCGUUGGGACAGCAUGGCAGGGCAGUGUUCUUCGAUGGCCAGCUUC